AUGCAUGGCUGCAAGGCAGACGGAGAUCUCGACGACUCGGGAUUCACUCGGCCGAUGCCGCUGAUCGGCCUCUACAUCGCCUCCGUUUCUCUGGUGUGCGCCGUGCUGAUGGGCCUUGACCUUGUGGAAGGCCUCCGCCGCCGCAGGUUCUGGUUUCCCAGCCGAUUCUUCUCCCUCAACGCUGCCACUCUCACUUUGUUAGGGGUUGCCGUGAAGCUGCCGGUGGACAUCAACACCGCCAUGCCGGGCCGCUGGGACCAGCUCACGAAGCUCAGCGGCACUGUCCUCGUCUGCACGGCGAUGGGGAACGCCAUGCCUUCUCUCGGGGUAAAGAACUGCGCCUUCUCCGAUACCUUCGCCCUCGUGAUUCUUGUGAUCACCGUCAUCGCCAACAUGGUCACUGAGAUGAGCACCGGUGUCAUCUACGUUUUCUGGUCCGAGCACAUCAUUGUCAUGUCGAUCAUGCUGGUGCUCCUGGCAAUCACCAUCUCCUCCGCUCUGUUCGUGUCUACGACGAAACACUGCUUGGGGAAGAAGUAUGAUUUCAUACGCGGGGAGAUCGGAGAUGAUCCCGAGAUUUCGGUCGAAUGCCUGGAAAGGUGUGUGGAGAAAUAUUCCUUGAUGGCGUACGCAUCGAAUUCCCAGCAUGUUCUGGGCCGUUCCGCGACCUGCGCUGCUUCGGGAGCGUUCUGUUUUCUGGCUGUUCUAGUGUUCGUGAGAGCUGUCACCAUAUCCCUCCUCGGGGAGUCCCGUGGCUUUUGCAGCGGUGAGUCGGACUACAAGUGGACCACCUCGGUGGUCCUCCUCAGUCAGGCCCUGUCGAUCUUCAUUGGCACAGCCGCUCCGGUGUCCAGGUAUCUUGUCAGCUCCAGGAAUCAACAGAUGGUAGGGCGGAGCGUGGUCACAGUCGAGGAAUAUUGGGUCGGAAGGCUGAAAGCGUGGAGGGACUCUCCUCUGUUCCGUGGUGUCCAUCAAUGGUCGUUCAUGCCCAGGAUUGCUUGGUACGGUUUCAGAUGGACCAUGAACACGCUAAUUGCCGCUCAGGCUGCCGUCGUGAUCUUCUGCAACCUCGUCUCUCUACCCUCAGUGUGGCUCGUCUUAUGUGUGACCACUCUCUGCCGGAUGUGUUCCUCGUUGGGGAGGCAGCGGCGUGAAAGAGACCUGGAGGCCUCUGAAGUAAGCGGCGGCGGGAGGGGCGCUGCUUCAGAUGCGAAGGAGCUCUCGAGGUUCGUGUUACUUCUUGAAGGGGAAGACCAGCUUGCGGCGCCGAUCAUGAGAAGCGGUCGCUGGGAGACGCAGAAUUCUUUCAAAAAGGGCCGGAAGAGGCGGCCGAUGGGGCUGGUGGAUACUCUAAGGGAGCAUUCCUCGGUUGGCUUCCGGAGAGUCGGGGAGUUUGGGAUCAUCUCCUCCGACGAGGCGCACCAAGACCUGCCGGAACACAACUCCUGGGCCCUGCCGACGGUAGCCUUGGCAAGUAUCGUGUUCCUCAUCCCGGGGGUCGAAUGUGGAUCAGUGAGAUCGCUACUGCGCGGCGUUGGUGAAGGCCUCAAAUAUGUCCGACUGGUCGACAAACACCUCGACGAGCACGGGCUGGUGAAUGCAUCGGAGGCGGCAGACAUCCUGUGGGAGAAGGUCGAUCUGUUCGGCGGGUGGCUCUUCAGGAAACUGCACGAAUCCACGGGGGUGAAAGGUGAGGUCGGAGUUAAAGAGAUACUAGAGGGGCUAGAGAAAAUGGGAAAGGACUGCAUGGAGCGGGAACUGAGUAGAGGCCGGAGAGGAGGGCGAACUUGUCCGUGGGAUUGGCCGCCGAAGGCGUUAGCGGGGUAUUAUUUGCAGAGAAUCGGUCGUGCGAUUCGGCAGCGCGACGGCAAGGAUUUGGAGCCGGAGGGCCUUUUUCGGUGGCUAUGCGAGACGAUCGCCGACGUGCUGGGGGCCUGCCUGACGAACCUCCCGCGCGUGGUCUUGAUGGAGUGCAUCUGCAGCGGAGAGGAGGAGCGGGAGGAGGGAGUCCGGGAAGCCGCCCUCUUGCUCGGGGAGUCUCGAGAGCUACUGAGAUUUCUCGAGGAAAAGGUUGAAGUUGACGGUCACAGGUACCCUCAUCGCGAUGUACGGCACAGAAUAGACGCGUGGGCGUCUCGACCAGAGCCGGACAAUCACCACAUCUGA